GCCAUCCUCCUUCGCUAUGCCAUGAAGCUCAUCCAGAACCACGACCCCUCAACGCCACUGUUCCUCACCUUCUCCUCACAGUUUGUCCACCCGCCUUUGGAAUCAACGAAGUCAGCCUUGGACUUGGAGGACAAAAUCCAAAAAAUCUUUGCUUCGCUUGGCGUUCGAAAGAGGAUUCCAUGGACCACUACCAGGAAGAGGGUGGCUGCAAACCUGCUGUACAGUGACCUUGUCAUGGGAAAGCUCGUUGACGCAUUGAAGGAGAAAGGCAUGUAUGAGGAUACGCUGGUCGUGUACAUUUCGGACAACGGCGGAGGAACACACUUGAGGGCUGGCGCGAACAAUUAUCCAUUGAAAGGAGGUAGGUUUAAUGAAUGGGAGGGGGGAAUUCGCACCAAUGCUUUCAUAUCUGGUGGCUUUGUUCCACUCCACCACCGUGGCAGCAGCUUCCACGGAGUCAUCCACAUUGCCGAUUGGUACCCGACUCUUUGCAGCUUGGCGGGUGUGAGCCACUUCGACGAGGCGGCUUCGGAGGCCAACGAACGCCUUCGCCAACUGGGUUUGCCUCUCUUGGGCCCAGUGGAUGGCCGACCCCAGAUGGAGCACAUUCUUGCUGGCAGCAACGGUCGUGCGGAUGCCCUUCACCUGAGCAAGAGAUCUUUGCUCAAGUGGCCCUACAAGCUGGUGACCGGGAAGCAGGAAUACAGUUUUUGGCAAGGGCCUGUCUUUCCGAACUGCAGCAGCGACCGCCCAGCGUUUGCCUACGUGGAUGUUCUUGGGCACAAAGUCCGAAUCGACAAGAACGACUCCUCUUACAUGGUGAACGCCAUGGUCGAGGAUUGCGGCGAUGGCUGCCUUUUCAAC